AUGGAUACGCAUAGCAUUGAACGUUCUCUGAAGAACCUUCCGCUGAGUCAAAGGCUCACAUUUGACAACAAUAUGGAACGCCGUCGUUUAAAGCGGCAAAGCGCUGUCGACAUUCCUGACGACAAGCUCGACCAAUACCUCAGCGAGCCCGCCGUCAAACACUCGUUGUGCGAUGAUUUCGACCGAAAACAUCCAGCUAGAAUCAAAAUUCGUCGAAUCUCAAGUGUGACGUCACGUGGCUCGGCGGCAUCCAGCUCUCGCGCCAAUGUACACAUCGUUGAGCAUCCACGCCGUCGUAGUCAAAUAUACAACAAAUUCAUGACAAUGAAUGAUUUUUAA